AUGGAUGAACAGUUGCAAAGGAACCAUGCGAGGGGGGCGGGGCGUCGCUGCUGCUGCUGCUGCUCAGUAACCAGUCGCGCGGGGGGGCGACCGCCGACGCCGCCAUCACUACCACCGCCAUGUCCGGCAGCGGGAGCGCCACCGCCGUCGCCGCCCCUCCGGCCCCAGCGCCCGCCGGCCCCCGCCGCCUCUCCGCCCCGCGCAGCCCCCCCUCCUCCGCCGCCUCCGCCCGCCUCCCCCGCCGCAGCCGCCGCCUCCUCAGCCGCCGCCGGAGCCUUCUCCCCGGGAGCCACCGCCGCGCUGCCGCCGCGGAGCCGGGCUGGUCUCGUCAUCCUCAACCGCCUCAAGAGCCCAGGGCCUCUUCGACAGUUCCGCAGAGACUGUCGCGAUGUCGACACCAAGCCUGCAUAUCAGAACUUAAGGCAGCGGGUGGACAACUUUGUUUCCAACCAUCUAGCAACUCAUACCUGGAGUCCUCACCUGAACAAGAACCAGCUAAGAAACAAUAUUAGGCAACAAGUUCUCAAAUCUGGAAUGCUGGAAUCAGGGAUUGACAGAAUUAUUUCUCAAGUUGUGGAUCCAAAGAUCAACCAUAUCUUCAGACCGCAGGUGGAAAAGGCUGUCCAUGAGUUUUUAGCCACAUUGAAUCACAAAGAAGAGGCCAGUCCCAGCACAGUACCACCUGAAGAAAAGCCAGAUGCUUCUGUUUUGAUGCAAGGUGUUUCUUCUGCCAUUCCAAAUGCAAGUGUAGCUAAUGAUGCAAUGUCAAUUUUGGAAACAAUAACGUCUCUAAAUCAAGAAGCAAAUGCAGCUAGGGCUUCCACAGACAUAGGGAAUGUAAAGCCUAAUGACAGAGUUCCAAAAAGAAUUCUGUCACAGCAGAGUGUGGAUGGCAAUAUCGAGAAAGAUCGGACUGCUGAAGAUCUGGUAGAUGAAGAGAAACCUCCAUGUAAUUCUGUGGAAGAAAGCUCUGAACCAGUAGCAAACCGUGAAGACGUAAAUAAUUUGUUUACCUCCAGUGAAGAAGGGAAAACUGUGUCAAAAGAAAUUAACAGUGUGGUUAAUCCAAGCAAGGAAAUUGUACAGGAAAGUGAUGAACAGAAAAGUAAACCUAUGGACAAAGGUGAUAAAAAACCUGAAAAUUUAGAGAAAGGAGAGAGGAGAAAAGAGAAAAAAGAAAAACCUGAGAAGAAGGUGGACCUCUUCAAAAAGACCAGUGAUGACCUAAAAGGAAGGGAAGAGAAGGCAGCAAAAGACAAAGAGGCAGAAUCAACAAAAUGCUCAGUUGUGGAAAAAAGCAGCAGUAAGCACAAAGCAAAUGGAAGUACAAAAGAAGCUUUGGAAGAUUCUGACAUAGAUAUACUCAGCGAUAUUACUGUUAGCUCUGUACACACCAGUGACCUUUCUUCCUUUGAAGAAGAGAGUGAAGAAGAAGUUGCACUUUCUGACAGCACAGAAGAAGGAGAGAUUGUUUCUGAUGAUGAAGAAAAGGAACAGAAUCAGGCUAAAAUGAAGCCUGAGGCUGGUGGGACUAAUGAUAAAAAGGCAAAGCCUGGACGCCAUGCUUAUGUCCACAAGCCUUACCUUUACUCCAAGUAUUAUAGUGAUUCUGAUGACGAAGGGACUGUGGAGCAGCGUCGCCAGUCAGUAGCUAGAGAAAAAGAAGAAAGACUCCUGAGGAGACGUCUUAACAGAGAAAAACUUGAAGAAAAGCGGAAACAGAAAGCUGCAGAAAAGACAAAAAUGUUGAAAACUGGAAAUCAAGGUAAAACCGUUCAGAACUUAGAAGAAUCUUCAAGCAAAGGUCGUGAACAGAAAACAAGCAGUCCCAGCAUUAAGGAUGUGCUUAAGGAACAACGAUUUUUAGAAAAGAAAGUAGCCCUAAGCAGGAAAAGAAAGAGAGAGUCAAGAUACGAUGAAGAAAGUAGGAAGAAAAAACAUGAACAACCAGAGGAAGAUCUUGGAGAGUCUCAGAAGAUAAAUGAAAGCAGUGAAAAGUCAAAAGAAGUGAAGGCCAGCCAAGGGAAAAAUGAAGGAAGUAAACUUGUUAGAAGACUUCCCGAGUCAGUGCAUUCAGCUGAUGAAAAUAGAAGUGAUUCCAAAAUAGAAAAAGAACACAAAAGAAAAUCAUCUAACACUCUCCAAAUGGAGGGAGUACAGCAAGAUGGUGAACUCCGGGAUACCAAACCUCAGUCUGACAGGGCAGAGUCUAACCAGGAAGAAACUCAGAAACAGAAAAAUGUACUUAAAAAUGAAAAACAUAUUAAAAAGGAUGAUUCUGAAACUCAGAAUGUUAAAUGUGUACCCAAGAAAGAGGCUAGAUCAUCAAAAGACAAAAAUGAAAAAGACAGAAACAUUUCUGAAGAUAAAUCUUUAAUAAAGCAUAAAUAUAAAGGAGAUGGUGUUCAUAAAACAGCUGAAGAAGUAGAAUAUUUGCCAUCUGAGAGAGGCCUAAAAAAUGAAGAGAAUGCCCAGAAACAUAAUCAGCUGUUGAAAACUUUGUCAGAUGAUAAAGCUGAAAGGAAGAACAAGCACAGAAGUGAAAGGAAAACAUCUGCAAACAGCAAAGAUGUGAAAAGUAUUUCUGAACAUGCUUCCAAAACUGAAGAGAAUUCACGCAAGGAGAAUAGCAGAAAAGACAGACAAAUUUCCACAGAUAAAUUGAGAGGAGAACACAAAUCCAAAAGAUUGUCAAGUGAUUCUAGGCCACAAAAAGAAUCUCAAAGUAUAUCAAAGCAGCAUGGUUCUGCAACAUCAAGGAAGAGUGAAAGUUACUCUGAAGAUAAGCAUGAUACAGAAUCCAGUAAUGUAGAUAACAGUUCAAAGCAAAGUGACAGUAUACACAAAGACAGGCGAAAAUCAAAGAGUGGCUUGGAAGAAAGGUUCUCAUUAAAAUCCAAGUCCAAGAGUCAUAGCAAAGUAAUCAAAGUACCUGAAAAUGAACAGCAAGACAAUUCCCCUAAGCAGGAAUCCAGCCAGAAAUUGGACAAAGAUAAGAAUACAGAAGAGAGUGACCUAGAUAAGCAGUGGAAAGCCAAAACUGAAAUUAAAAUCUUAGAUGAAAAUUCAGUAGAAUUGGAAGUUGAAAAUGGAGCACAUUCUGUUAGUAGUUCCCAGAAAGAUUCUAGUCAUAGAGUUAAGUUACAGUCAGGAGAAAAAUCAUGUGUAAAAGAGAAAACGAAGAGUGAUAAAGAUUUGGGCAGUGUCAAGCUAGAAAGGAAAUUAUCAACAGAAAGUCACAAAAGCAGAGGUCUGAAGCACAGUUGUAAGGAGACAAAAAAGAGGGAAGAUGAAGACAAACCAGAUGACAGAAGUGUUAAGCAAACAGACACUCAUACAAAGAUGCAAGAAAAUAGUCUGCUCCCUGAUAAAAGGCCUACUAAAAGAAUAUCUAGUGAAAACAGAAAGGGAAGUGUAUCAGCCCAUGAUAUAAAUAUCGGAGGGGAAAAACUCAUCUCUUCUUUCUCAGCCCUUCAAAAAACUGGUUCGACUGGUGGACACUCAAUACAUUCAAAACAAAGUCAAGAGCCAGUGGAGGUUAAGUCAGAACAAAGACAUGGUAAUGUACAUCAUCAAAUUGAAGGAGAAAAUAACAACUCUCUACAAGCAACUAAAUUUAAAAGUACAGCCAAAGACCAAAUGCAUCAUAAUUUGACAUAUGAGCUGAAUAAAACUUUGCAUACUAAAGAACUAUCUAAGUCUUCUCUUUCAAGUGUCAGUAAUCCCAAACAAAAGGAACUUUUUUCUACAAAAGAAAUCAAUACACCCAACGAUGCCUUCAAACAAACUUCAAAGAAUGCUGGAUCCAGUGAACAGCAGGAGAAUCAUGCGAUUGCUAAGAAUGAAACAAGUAAUAACGUUUUGCUUGAUGUAUCUCCUGAGGAUGAUGCCAAGCUACAGUUCCAAAAAAUAACUGAGGAUGUUCACACUCCAAAGAAUGUUAAAAAUACUAUUAGUCUAAGUGAAGGAAGCAGUCUUCCAACAAAGACAUCCCCUAGAGAAGAUGAUAUCCAUCAGAAAUCUAUAGAUAAAGAUCUUGGAGAUGUCACAGUGCCUUUGACCAGUACAUCUAAAGAGGAAUCUUUUAAUUUGGAUAGCCCCUGUGUUAAAGAUACUACUAAAGACCAUCAAAUAGAUACUAUUAAAAUGGAACAGAAGGAUAACAUUGGACCCAGUAGUAACACAAAAGAUGGUGAUAGCACUAGCAUGGAUAUUAUAAACAGAGAUGACAAGAUUCACCUAAGUUGCAUACAAGCACCUGGAGAGAAUGUAUGUCUUCUAACAAGCAUUCAAGAAGCUGUUGUAGAAAAAAGAAUUGAAAGUUCAUUGACUCAUACUAUACAGAAUGACAGUCUUACUGAACCAGCUAUUCAGGUUGCACAUGUAAGUGCAGACAAAGUUGCCAAAACCAGGCUGGAGGAAGGCAAGAAAAAUUCAGAUGAAGGUCCUUCUGCAAGAAACAGUGAUGGUGCUACAGAAGGGAAAGGAGAAACAAAGGGAAAUCAUAGUACUGGUGCUGUGAUAGAAUUAUCUUCAGGGUCAAUACCUGAAAAUGUUCCUGAAAAUAUAAAUAAAGUUUCUGCAAUAAUGAGUGAAGCAGAAGGAAGAGGUGAUGAUAUAAGAUCACAAGGUGAAAACAAUAUAGUAGGCAGCAGUGUAGGAGGUGGCAGUUGCAUUAGUACCUGCAGCAGCAUGGAAACUGAUACACUUGUUAUAGGAACAAGCACAGAGAGAGCUGUUGGAAGUGCAGUGAAUGCCACUAGCACUGAAGGAAGGCUAGGAGAAGAAGCUAUUUCAGAUUUGCAAAGAGAAGGUGAUGCCACCAUUACUUGUUCAGAAGAAAAGAGUAAGACUACUCUGGGCUCUACAAGUAUAGAAGCAGAUGAAGGUUUGACUUGGGCCAAAAAUACGGAAGAUGUCCAUUUUGAAUCAGAAAAGUGCUUUGGUGAGUGUACUGUCACAGCAGCUGAAGAAAGCAGCAGUGUUACUGAAAGUCUUCCAGUGUGUGAAAGUUCCUCCACCAUUACAAAAGAGGAAGAGAGUGCUGAAUGCAUUGUGAAUUAUGUAGAAGAAGGUACUAAACAAUUGAUCAAUGAAAGUGGAAUUGAACUUGAUCAGAGUAUGAAUAGUUUUACAUCCGAAGAGAAAGAUGAUGCUGUAACCAGUGCUGGCUCUGAAGAAAGAUGUAUGGCUUCUGUCAGUGGUGGGACAAGCACUUUUGACAAUGCUGCUACCUGCACUGGUGAAAGUGAUGGUGCUGUAACCAGUGCAGGUACUGAAGCUCGGGAUGGAUCUAUGUUAAGUGAAAAUCCAGGUGAAUAUCAAAAUAAUGCAACAGGAACUGAGCAAGUUAAAGGAGCAGAGGGUGCUGUGACAUGUACAGGUACAGAAAGACCAAGUGUUUGUUCUGCUGUGUGUUCAGUGACUGGUACAGACUCACAGGAAGAGAGUGUUGUAACUGGAGUAUUUGCUGAAAGCAACAACCAUGUGGCAGCUGGCCCACAUGCUGACAAAAGUGAAGACAUCAUUAAUGGUGAGAGUGCUGUCACCAGUACAGGCAUAACAGCUGAGGAUGACCCUGAAACUGUGUCUGCUUGCACUGGCUUGGAGGACAGCAAUGAAGGUUUUGCAGCAGCUUCAGACACAGAAGAAAAAUAUAAACGUCUUACAUUCAGUACAGAAGCUAGAGCUGAAAAAAGUGUCCUUGAGUUUAGUCGAGGCUCUUAUGAUGAUGAACGUUGUGUGACCAGCACAGGUGCAAAAGAAGAUGAUGAAGAAGGAGAAAAUUUUGUUACUAGUACAGGAAGAGGCAAUGAGGAAACAGAACAUACUUUGACAUGUACAGGAACAGAUGAAAAUGAAAGGGUGCUUGUUUGUGUUGAAGCUACAGCCUCUGUCUGCCAAGCUGCAAGCCAGGCUGGAGCAGGGUUGGGUGAGCUUACCUCAAAUGCAGAUAAAGUUCCUGCUGGCAGCAUGACAGGUUUAGAGAGAAAAAUGAGGAUUAAUGAUAUCAGCAACAGUACAAAGGGGGUGGUUGAGAGUAGUACCACCAGCGCUGGUACAGACAAUGAAAAUAUUAUGGCCUCCGUCACAGAAAAAGAAGAGUCUCUACUUAAUGAGAAAUUUGAAUGUGAUGCAAUCAGUGCAACGUCAAACACUGAAAGUGUAGGUGAACUGUCAGCUGGAGAAGAAAACAGUGAGAGUUCCACAUCUUAUUUAGAUGGUGGGAAAUGUGAAAGCCUGUUUGAGAUUGUCUCUAAGAAAGUGACCACUCUUCCAACAUCUGCUAAGCAAGAUAAUAAAGAUGAAGGUGAGACAAUCUCAACAAGUGUGGUCAAAGUAUGCCCAUCUCCUGUGCACUGUUCCACUGAACAUUGUAGUGAGCAGACAUCAUCACAUGAAUUUGAAAACACUGAGAAAACCACAUGCCUGAUAGAUGCAGAAGAUUUCAGCACUCCCAUGCCUAGUACAGCUGUUGAAUGUAUGAGUCACGGACCUGCUGUUAAAUCAAAUAAGGGCCCUACAAGUAUUUUGGAAGAGUUUGAAGCUCCUAUGCCAAGCUUAACAAUGGGAGAUGGCACGAAUCUCCUUGUUACUAUUAGAUCUUCAGAAACAACCACAAGUGGAGAAGUAAAUACCAUUUCCAAGCCCAUAGUGUCUACUGGAGCAUCUAGUGAAAGCCAUGCAGUUGAUGGCAGAGAAGAAAGAGAUGAGUGUUCUGUAAUUUCCACAAGCAUUGUUGAAGAGACAGAGAUUCCCAUUUCCCAAGAAGGCACUGAAGUUGAUGUUCAACAUUUUGCCUUAAGAUUAGAACAAUCUUCUGAUGCAGCUGUGAUCUCAACAAGUUCAACAGAACAUUAUGAGACUUCUGUGUUUGCUACAAAAACAGAUGAUGUAAAUCAGGUGCCUAGUGAAGAUGGAAAGCUUGAGAUUUCCACCAUUACUACAACAGAAGGAUGUGACCAAGCCAUUAAAGUUAGUUUAGUACAGUUUGAAGCUAAAGAGAGAAAUGAAGGUAUUGUGGAUGGAACAAAAGAAUGCAAGGCUGUUCAGGAAGUAGGAACCCAAAAGUCUGAGUUACUUGUUCAAAGUACAGAGAAAACCAACCAAAAUGCAACAACUUUGUCUGUAGAGAAAACAAAAUGUGAAACCCAUGAAUUCAUGAGUGAUAACACUAAACCUGAUCAGCACUUGGCUACCUUGAGUACAGAAAAUCCAGGAAACAGUGCAAAGGUCUUGGUCAGAACAAUGGCAGAAUGUGACAGUGUAUCCACCAUUGCUACCUCAGAGGAAUCUGUACUUGCUGCCUCAGAAGAAACUCCACUUUCCUUUGCAAGCAUAGAAAUAGAGAGUGAUAGGAAAAUUGCCAUGUGUGCCAAAGAAUCUGAAUACAGCAUGUUGUCAACUCCAGAAAACAAUGAGACCUCUUCAGCUGUGCUUCACAGAGAAACCCAAAAGUUACAUAAAAUGGAGCCUGAUGGUGCUUUGGAAGAAUCAGCCCCAUCUAAGAACAGCAACACAGAAAGCCUAGAAAUGCCUGCAGAUACAGAGAAAUCUAUUAGUGUUGGGGCAGAUCUUUGUUUGGACUCCUUGGUCAGUGAUGAAUCAUCCCUGGAAGCCUGCAUGCAUGAAAAUGGAACCCAAGAAAGCAGUCAACUCCUUGAAGGACCUUCAAGUCCAUCUCAUACCCCACAGGAAAAAGGAAAAGGAAAUGAGAAUGUAGUAAUGGAUGAUGUUAAUCUGAAGCCAACAUUAAAAACUGACCUUGCUGAAACAAGGGAGUCAUCCAGCAAGAAAUGUUCAGUGUCAUUACUUUCUGAACUGGGACAAAAUUCUGAGGACAGAAGAGUGCUUGAUAACCGUCAAUAUAGUUUGGCCAACAAAAAUGCUGAAGUGGAUGAGCAUCAUGAGCCAGAAGCAUUUUCUCAAAGGACUACAGGGGAUAAUAACGACAAGGAGAUGCUUCCAGUUGCAGCCGAAGAGCGGGAAGAAAUGAAAAAGGAGAAAAUUGAUGAGGAGGACCUAAGAUGUAGAAAUCACAUAAAGGAACAUCUCUGUGCCAAGAGUCAGACAGAAGAGAUUCCUAAAGCCACUGAAAUUCAGAUAAAUUUGGUCAUAACAGAAACAGGAGAAAGACAAGGUUCUCCACAGGCAGAAAAUCUUGAUCAGAAAGAAGAAUGCUUCAUGCCAGAAACAGCCAAACAUCCUGCUGUGGAGGAAAGUGAUUCAGGUAGUUCACAUUAUUUAGAUGCUCUUAUUUCAUUCAGUAGUUACAAUUUUAGUAUUUUGGAAGCCAAACCAAACAUUAAUACGGAGUCAGAAGAAAAACCUGAAGUUGGUACUAACUCUCAGGAACCUUCACUGGAUGGUGUACAUGAAAAAGGUGAGAAGAUUGCCAAAGUGGAUAGCUUUGACAAGUCAGAUCUGGAGUCCAAGUUAAAUCCUGCUGAGGUGAACCAGCAAGUGCCAGUGAAAAGAAAAAGAGGGAGACCUCGUAAAUAUCCCAUUGAGAUAAAGGUAGUACAAGGUCAAGAAUCAGAAGCUGGCACAAGCACUGGGGAUACAAUGAAGACUUCAGGUCCUAGCAGUAAACAGAAGAUUACUCCAAAAGGCAAAGAUACAAUUGAAAAAAAUCAGAGACACAAUGAAGCUGAAGAAGGGAAAACAGAGGUGGUUGUACGUCGAAGAGGAAGGAAACCCAAGCGGCCUCUUAUUCAAUCAGAGGAAACAGGCAUGGAUACACCUGAGCCAGCAAGAAAACGUCAAAAAGUAGCACCUGCAGUUGAAGAGGAAACAAAAGAGCAAGAUGGAAGCAAGGAGAAUGGCAGUAAUGGAGGAGAUGAUGAUGGCAGUGGUAGUGAUGCUGAUGGGAUGCAUUCUGGAGCCAUAACUCGAUUAGCUUCAAAAUUGGAAGCACAAAGAAAGCUACCCAGCAAGCCAACUACCCGAGCAGCAUCUAAAAAUCAAAGUCCAGAUUCAGUUUCUCCUAGAAAGCGUCAAAGGGUAGCAGGAAAAAAAUCACCAGUCAAUGCAAAAUCUAGUAAAUCUCCUAUCUCAGCACAUUCAAAGUUGCAGUCCACUGGGCGUAAAAGGCAAAUCAGUUCCCUGGUGUCACCCAAGAAAGGUCAUCAAAGAGCAGAUGAGCCUGAGGUGAAGAAGUCAAAACGGUAGUUUAACCCCCUACCAGGCAAGUGUGGGAGAAAAAGGAAACUCUUCUGUACUUCUGUUGAAAGCAAACAACAAAGCCAAGAGGUUUGCAUGCGCUUGUUUCCCAGGUAUGGCGUAUGUAACAUAUAGAAACAUUGAUAAACUGCUUAUCCAUACAGAAGUCUAUAUAUAUAUAUAUAUAUGCGUUGCAGAAGUUUACUCUGCAUCUCAAGCAUAGAUUGUCAAGAGUGACUUCAAAUGCUGAUGCUUCCAAUCCAUUCAUCACCAGUGGCCUCUUAAUGACACCUUUUGUAAAUAAGCCACAUAUUUUAAAAAGAUUGUAUUUUACUGUGUAUGAACUUAAUCAAUGGGAACACUUUAUUUAAUAGCAAAGACUCGUCUGUGAACUGUUACAUUAUCUUAUGUUAGUCAUUUUAACUGGAUUUGUAAAUGUUGUGCAGCCAUUAGCAUUGUGUAGGAUGGGAGGGGAGAAGGAGGGUGGCGUCUUUCAACAAAAUCAACAGAACUCCAGCAGUUGGCAGAGAAUUUUUCCGCAUGUGUUCAAGUCACAUAGAGUAGUGUAAAGGCGAGACCUUGGUUCUUUUCCUUGUCACAUUUGUGCUUUUCUGUAUGGUAAGAAUUAAAGUUGCAUUUACAGUGUUCAGUAGAUGCACCUACUUUGAAGUAUAUUCGCAUCUGUAAAUUUUCUCCCAGCAUCAAAGUAGCUAGAGCUUAUUGAGGUAAAACUAGAACCUAUCAGAUGAAACUGUUCUGAAGUCAGAAUUGUCUCACUCUGCAGCUUUUAAUUGUUCUCUCAGUAUUUCUUUUUUUCAGUUGAAACACUGAAAUCAAAAGUACUUAAUAGGUGUUCAUCGUUUUACCUUCCACCAUUUCUCUCACACUUUGUAUACUGCUAUUCAGUGAGAGCGUAGAGCCUGGUCUAGUUUCCAGAAUCUUUAGCAAACUUGUAUUUUACUCUCACAAGAACAAGUCUUCAAGUUCUGUUCUAUGUAAAGCUUUUUUAUUAUCAAGAUUUGUCUCUUGCAAAGAUGUAAGUUGCCAAAUAACUGAGAUUAUUUUAAAAUGUUCAUAUUCAUGUUUUAUAACUAAAAUCAGCAUUAUGUAUUAAUUUGUUUUGCUUUUUCGUUUGGGGACUUUUAUUGUUGUAAUGUGGAUUUUUCUGUCAAAUAUUCCACUUUGUUUCUUACUGAACUUUUAUAUAUAAAUUAUGAAAUGUUUCCCAAAACUGGAGUCUCAGUAUUUGAAUGGCAAAAUUAUCUAAGAAUUUUUGAUUGGUCACUUCUGAUUUCAUUAGAUAUGAAACCAACCUUACAGUGCCCACAUUGAAGCUAGUGAGACCCAUUGCCAUUAGGCUUGGCUGGUUAUAUUUUUAAUGUAUAAACCAGAGCUAGCCAAAAUGAAUCCCUUAAGUGACAAGAGUCCCUAUGGCCAUUUUUGUGGCCGUCAUUCAUACCAGACUCACUAGAAAACCCAUUUUCUGGCCAAAAAAGGGAUGAAUUGCCCUUCCCAGAAAUCUCCUGAGUGUGGCCAUAGGUUUAAAUAGGUUGCAGGUGACCCCGGCACUGUUUAACCUUAAAUAUACUUGAUUUUCAAAACUGAGAAUGGACUUCUGGCCACUAAUUUUCUCUGGUUUUGGCAGUCCCAAGAACAUACCAGGAAAGAGAAUUGGGGCCCUCAACCUUCCACACUUGCUGUCCCCAGUGGAAACAAAAGAAGAUGCACUGAACCAGCAUGUUUCCAAGCAUUGCCUCCUGGUUGAGUUACGAAUUAGAACUGAAAUGGAUUUAAUUGGCAUUAUUACCAGCUAUUGUACACAAGAUAUUGGAGCGCAAAUGUUCUGUAAAUAAAAACAAACUUGGUAGCAAAAGUUUCCACUCCUUUGCUGUGACUUGCAUAAAUAAAUUCUGGUGCUCUACAGUGCCUCCUGAAAUCA